AUGCUGAGUGGAUUAAAAUAUCCAAUGAAUUCAAUUCGCAAACCAGUUUCAGCCACAGAACCAAAGAAAAAUUUAAAGGCCCAAUGGGAAAGCUUAAAAAAAUUCACCAUAAAAGAAUCUGCUGCUGCAAGGCAGUACAUGAUUCAAACAGGUGGGGGACCUGCAAAGCCUAAAUCUGACGACCCGUUAUUUACCCGGAUCUUGGGUCUUAUUUCAACAGUUGCUGUUGGACUCGAAAAUCCAUAUGAUUGCGAUAAUUUUAUAUUAAAAGAAAAUGAAACAUUGGCUACAGUUAAAAUUCCAGAUGUAUCAGGCAUAUUUGUGCCGAACACCACUGUGACCAAGUCAACGCCUCUUGACUUGGAUAUUAAUGCUGCAAAUUUUACCUGCGAUAAUGAUAAAUCACAAGGUGACUGUGCUGCUGAUUGGGGAGACUACACCCCAAAGAUGCUGCAAUCUCAGAAAUCUGCUCCUCUGCGUGCACAGUCAGUUCAGCCUGUGGUUCAGCCAGCUAAAUCGACGCCUCUUGCCUUGGAUAUGGAUAUUGAUGACUGUGCUUUAAUAUCUGUAGAGGAUGCUGGAAAUACCCCUCUCACUCAAAAGAAAAAUUGGAGCAGCAGACGCAGACCUACUUUACCGGUUUCUUCAACUUUAGAAGAGUUACAUAAAAUUAAAAUAAAAGCUGUACAAAUGCAAAUGAAUUUUGCUGCUGAGGAGAGAGAGGAAGGAAAAAAAAUAUUUGAAGUUGAAAUAAAAAUUAAAAAUGAAAUAUUAAAACGGGAGAAAAUCAAAACACGAAAUCUUUUUGCACAAAUGAAACAUCGAAGAAUAAAUAGAAAACCAACCUAAAAUAGAUUAUCUCAUUAGAUUUAAGUAUAUUGUUAUGUUAUAUUACAAACUUAACUUUAAUAAAAUUGUAGUUAAUAAAACAAAUAUAAAUGAAAAAGUGGUUUCUUUAUUGUUUACAGCUGACAUGACAUGGCGGCCAUUUUUAACCAAGGAAUAUCUCCGUAUUCGUUCAAAAUUGGGCGUAUAAAUCUUAUCCUUGGAAUAAUGUUUUAUUCUCAGGUUAAGUAGUUGGUGAAAUGUAAAAUUUGCUAUUCCAGGGUUAAUUCCUUGGAAUAAAACUUAUCUGAGUUUGGUGAAAUUAGCCCUAAAUGUUUUUUU